UUGGUUUUGGAGUUUCGGUGUGAGGGUUGUACUAGGGUUUAAGUCCUGUAUAUUUGCCCAUUCUUUAUUAACAUUGCGAGUACUUUCAAUUUCGUAUCUGUAAUAAUUCGACAAUGAGAAAAUUUUGCAAACCUGCUUUGUGCAGGGCUAAGUAUUUUGGUGGUCAUGGAAAAACUAGGCAUUUUAGCAUCAGGAAAAGAUUUGAUGUACAGCAAAACGAGGAAGUGUGUAUAGAAACUAAAGAAGCAUGGCACAAGAGUUCAACGGCAAAACGAACUGAAAAUGGUUUUAAUUUCCCUUCUUCACAGGCGGGUAGAAUUCUAAACCUUCAAAGCCCUAAAACCCAUUUGAACGUUAAACACCAUUUUGCGCAAAUAGGUUUCUACAGAGGCUUAGUGACCGGGACGAAAACAGAUACAGAGGAAAAAGUAGAAAGAGAAUUUCUGGCUGCAUCCUCAAUAGAGGAGCUCAAGGCUGCAUUUAGGAAAAUGGAGACCGUGUUUGAUUCAGAUGAUAAGAAACUUGGUAUGGCUUGUCUGAGAAUGGGUCAGAAGUUCGAAUCAGUAGGUGAGAACCCAGCAACAAUUCUUAUCUAUGCCGAAAGGGCACUUAGGAUUCUAGAAAAACAUAACAAGAGCUCCGUAGAGGUAGCCAUGUCUCUUCAUCUAAUGGGCUCUGUACAUUACGCACUAGCUAAGUUUAGUGAAAGUUUGGCCUAUUUGAAUAGGGCUAACAAGAUAUUGGAUAAAUUAGAGAAAGAGGAUACUCCCAUGCAGAUCAAGCCUAUAAGUUUUGCUGUGCAGAUUCUAUUAGGUAAUGUGAAAACUGUCAUGGGAAGGAAGGAGGAUGCUCUGAGUAAUUAUACCAAGAGUCUUAAAUUGAAGGAGGAGAUAGUGGGGCCUGAUCACCCCCACAUGGCUGUUACAAAUAGGGAAGUUGUGGAGGCACUGGUGGCCGCACAGAAUUUUAAGGACGCGUUGCCCUUAUGCUUGAAGACAUUGGAUUUGCAUAGAAAGCAGUUGGGAGAAAAUUCUGCUGAGGUUGCGACUGAUAGGCAGCUUCUCGCAGUCAUAUAUAGUGGACUAGGUGAGGAUAAAAAGGCAUCAGAAGAGAACGAGGCUGCUAAGAAGGUUCUGAAGAAGUGGGGCAUGAAUAAGGAGUUGAUAUAUUCUGAAUUGUAUUCAGCCAAUGUACAGAUUUCACUUGGUAAAUAUAAUGAUGCACUCGAUGCUCUAAGGGGAGUCAUUCAGAAAACUAAUAAGGACAGUAAGCUACGAGCAACGGCACUUCUUUAUAUGUCCAAAGCACUCUGUCAAUUGGAGAAGUAUGAUGAAUCAAAGAAAUGCUGUGCGCUAACUACCAAUUUAUUCAAAAAGCAUGAGCAGAAAAAUCCAGGGAAGGCGGCGGAGGCCUACACAGAGCUUGCGAUGUCGUACCAUACAAUGAAUGAUUUUGAAGCAUCGAUUUCUCUCUAUAAGAAGGCCCUUGAGAUUUAUGAAAAUUCUUAUCAGGAUCCACAUGCAGAAGCAAGGGUUAAGGGACGGCUCGGAUAUUUGCUUUUAUUGACUGGCAACGUGGAAGAAGCUAUUUCUAACCUAGAGAGUGCGGCAUAUAUGUUGGAAGAAAGCUUUGGGCCUCAUUAUUUCGGAGUGGGAUAUAUUUACAAUGAUUUGGGUGUGGCAUAUGAGGAGCUCGAGAGACCUCAGACAGCUGCUGAGAUUUUUGUGAAGGCAAGGGAAAUAAUGGAAAUUGCUCUUGGACCACAGCAUAUGGACACCCUUGAUACUAUUCAAAAGCUUGCAAACGUGCAUGGGUCAAUGGGCAGCUACAGCCUUGCUAUUGAUUUCCAGCAAAUGGUGAUUGAUGCAUUGGAAAAUCAUGGUCCUAGUGCCAAAAGUAAGUUGAAACAAGCACAACGGCGUCUAGCAGACCUGGAAAGACAGACUGAAGAACCCCUGGGGAAGCCACUCAAGAAUGAAAUACCAGAUCACAAUGUUACUGGAAACCAAUCAUCCGAGUCAGAUGUGAGUGAGGAUGAAAUUGAGACCAGUGAGGAUGAAAUUGAGUCCAGUGAGGAUUUGGAGGACCAUAGCCCUAUUUCCCUCAAUGAGCUGAAAGAAUUGCAAGGCCUUCUAGCAGAACUGGCAGAGCUAGAAGGCUGGGAUCAAAAACCUGCAGGAAAGUCAAUUAAGAAUGAUACACCAGAUCAUAAAAUUACUGAGGCAUUGAAAGACCAUGGUUCUUUUAGCAUGAAUGAGUUUAAAGAAUUGCAAGGCCUUCUAGCAGAGUUAAUAGAUCUUGAAAGUCCAGCUCAAAAUCCCGCAGGAAACCUGCUCAAGAAUGAUAUACCAGAUUAUAAUGUUAUUGGAAAGCAUUCAACUGAGAAAAAUGUGAGAAAGAAUGAAAAAUGUGAGAAAGCAUUCAGUAAAGAGGCAUUGAGAGACCAUGUUCCUCUUUCUGUCAACGAGCUGAAAGAAUUUCAAGGUCUUGUAGCAGAGCUAAGAAGACAGGCUAGAAAACGUGUUGGAAGUUCAAUCAGGACUGAUAUGCCAGAUCAUGAUAUCAGUGGAAAACGAUCAACUGAGAAGAUUAGCAAGAUGGAAAUUGAGAAAACUGGUAGUAUUCGUGGAAAACUAUUAGCCAAGAAAAAUUCAAGAAAGAAUGAAAUUGAGAAUGCUGAUAGCAUUAGACGAAAACUCCUGAAUAAUUUAACUCAGAAAAAUGCAAGUAAAAAUGAAAUUCAAGACUCUGAUACUGUUAGCAGAAAAUGAAACAUUAAUUUAACCAAGAAAAUGUAAGGGGCAAUGGAUGAAGAUACUGGUGUCCCAAUCACCAAGAGUUGAAUGCUGAUUUGAAAAUUAGUUUUGUGUGUGGCAUUUCUGUAUCAAGCUAAUAUUUGUUUUGAAAUGGUAAGAGUUUUAUUGAUGCCAUGGCAGUGAAUGUAGAAAUUUUGUAACUUCUAAGGUCUGAACCAAUCACAGUUAGUAAAGUUAGGUAAUUUUCACCAUUCCUUUUCCACUUGGUGGAGGGGUCAAGUGAUUCCUUUCUCAGUUUGGUGGAGGUGUGUACUGUUCCCUUCCCCAGUUGGAAGAUGUGUCAAGUGACAUUCUUCCAUGUAUUUGUAAAGGUGUUACGUAAUUAAUAGGCAAGGACCAGUACGUUGGCUU